GCUCCAGUUGGCUUGGUGCUUGGGUUAGGCUAAUAUCUUUGGAAAUAUUUUGGCUACCUCACUGCGACUGGAUGGGGUCCUGGGUUCUUGGUUGAAGGUCCAUGGCCGAUGCAUCAGGGAUGCAAGCAAGUCCAGAUUCAGGCGGAUGCGGCCAGAUGGGUUCCGAUGGUUUCACAACCAUGGGUUUAUGCUUCAGAAGAUGACCGUUGUGUCCAUUCUCAUCUUUUCCUCUUCAUUCACGGACGUAGCACCGGUACGGUUGGGGAAUGCUAAGUAUUCAAAGAACAGUGGAUGGGGACGCUCGUUAAUGGUCCUUAGCUUCCCAGUAUGUUUUGGAUCAUGUUUGCUUCUCUCGCUGCUUCAGAGAGCUUGCAGAUGCUCACUUACCAAGGAUGAUGGCGUUUACCGUGGCAGCUUCGGGUGGAGGGGUCCCGGAGCAGUUCUUUCAUGCGGCCAUCGUUCCUCCACUGCUUCAUUACGGAUCUCGCGCUGGGCCAAAGCCGGGUUUUGGAGUUCGCAGCCCCCGACGGCCAUCUUCUGAAAAAUAAGGUGUUCUUACUCUGGUACGUCUUCUUGUUAGUCAACCAGUCUGGCCGUGGAUGCCUUUUUUCAGGAUGAGCUUUGCAUUUUUCUUACUUCAUGCCUAGUGACAUCUUGACGUUGGGGUUUGGGGUCUCUUCUCUGUUCGUGGUGGUUUUAGCCAGGGAAGACGACUGAUGGGUGUCCCGGCAUGGGAUCUCUCACUGUGGAUCUAUGGUGUGGACUGUUGUUUGGUUCAUGGUGUUUGGCACUUUUCCAGCUACUGUUAAUCGCUGCUGAAAGCCUUCUGCCGACGCCGCUGGGGGCUGCCGGGGCUCGACGGGGGUAGAAGGUGGCAGGUGGAUUUUCGAUUAGCGUGAUUUUCUACGGCUGGUUCUUUGCCCUCCUCUCUGGCCACCAGACUGUUUGGGGGACGCCGGAACCCAG